CACGCAGCUGCUGGAGAGACACGCACAAUACUGCUUUCACAGAGUGCACAUGUACUCUGAACUUCCUCGUUUUUGGAUUAAUAGUUUAUUUUUUCGGUCCUCAUUUUUUCCUUUAAUUCUGUGCCGCAGAAUGAGCGCUGAGUGCAGCAGCUACUACAGCGCAGACGAGGUGUUGGUGGACGGAUUCUCCUGCCCCAGACUGGGAAACGCUGCUGCUGCGGUCUACUGCUGCGGGUUUAAUGAUGUGAAGUAUUGCUGUGAUGAUCCCAAUAGUUUUUUCCCCUAUGAAUACGGAUAUAUGUGGUGGCUGAGCAUCGGUGCUCUGGUUGGUCUGUCCAUUGCAGCAGUAGUCCUCCUCGCAUUCCUCAUCACCGUAUGUGUCCUCUGCUACCUCUUCAUCGCCACAAAACCCAGUCGUCUUGACAACGGCCUGCCCCUCAGAGUGCCAGCAGGAGAUCCCAGUGAGGCAUCUACUCAUGUAAGAGUGACCUGUGCCUCUGGUCCGCAGGGAUUCAGAAAACACUUCAUGAGCCGGAAGCUUGACUGUGAUAAUCAGCCUCCAGACCCUGAUCUCCUGUUCCAGAGGUGUUUUACAGCUAAUGUCGCCAGGGUAAAAGUGGAGAGCCCCUCGUAGGAUGCUUGGAGACUUCAUUUCUAAAUAUGGGACGGCAGCAGAGUCAGAACCUCAGGAGGCAGGCUGUGCUGCUUUGACCCCUGAUGCUGACACGGUGACACGGUGAGCAGCGGAGCCAUAGUGAAUGAGAAUCCUCACCGUGUUGUGCUGACAAAACUGAGCGAGGGCACACAGUGAGCUCUGGAAAGCCUUUGAGAAUGUCUGCAGAAGAACGUGUUUCAUCAUCACAGCUUUAAUUGAGAGAGCAUGUAUGGAAUUUAAUUAUACUCCUUAUUUUUUGUAAGAGACUAUUUAUAAUUGGAUUGAAAAAAUCCAAAGACUUAAAAAUUGAGUCAUCAAGGCAUCGCUUAAACAACAAGGGACAUUGGCCCAGGGUUGAAGUCCAGUUUAUAUUGCAGGUGUACAAUUUCAUGUGCAUCACGCUUAUUGCUUAUUGCGGGAAAAAGAUCCUCAUUAGCCAAGAAAGCAGAGUCAGCGAGGCUGUAAAGUCAGGGUGCUGUGGAUUUUUAUCCACGUCUUCUACAUUUUACUCAGGGACUGAACUGACCUUUGGUAAGGAUUGACAGUGUGAUAACACAGUCCUGAUCAGAAAACAUUGACGGCAUUAUUGUUCAUUUAAAUGCUUUAAAUGACCUUACUUGAUUGUCUGUAUUGAGUGUCUGUUCUAUUUGUUAUUGUUCAAGUGUUGAUUUGAGUUCUGAGAGUGUAUGAAUGAUAAAAAUUGAGUGUCUACAGGCAGAGCGGUUUUCCUCAUACAAUGGCCUUUUUUUUCUAAUAUUCACAAAAUUCAGACAAAAUUAUGUCCAGAAACAAAUCUUUUUAAUGCAAGUUUUUUUGGGCAUUUUAUGUCUUUUUCUUGAUAGUAAACAGUUUUGGCUGGAAUCAAAGAGUUGAUUAUUUUCUAUUUGCCUUAAAAAGCUACGACGUAACAAAACGGAUAAUUUAGAAAAUGACUAGGUGUCUUCAGACCGCAAAGGUAGCAAACUUUUGGGAAGACAGGGUUACGCAGAGUUUCAAUGCUAAGAAGGAAAAUUCCUAUGUGCAAACCCUAGAAUGUGUGUCCUUUGAUUAUUUGUGGAAGGUGAAAAGAUGCAACAAAGCCCAGAAAUUCACAUGACACUGUGUCUCAAAUGACAAUCAUUGUUUAGCUUUCCUGAUGUACAUAAAGUUGUUUGCUUGUGGUCAUGACAAAACAGGCCUGACAAAGCAUGCAUUUAACUUUUAAAAAUAUGUAUCAUGAUGGCAUCCUUUCAACCUGUUCAAUGCUUUAAAAUCACAGAUGUGCUGUAGCCUUAAGUAUAGCAGUCAAGUUAAUUCAGUUCCUGUAAAAUGCAAAAACAAGUUUGUCUAGAUUUGCGAUUUGAUGGAUCUCUAAAAGAAUCUUGAAUCAUAUCUAACUUGACUAUCCAAAAAUAGUAGCACAUACUGAAAGAAGCAGUUCAGGGCAGUGUAAGCCAAAAGCCUUAGUAAGAAUGUAAUCAUUAAACAGUGAUAUGAUGUUACAGUGGCCUGCGGCUGCACACCUGAAUGAAUACAAUCAGAUUCCAUCAGCCAGGAAGCUAGACAAUAGGAAGCAUGAAGGUAUGACCUCUGUGCUAUGACUCAGCAAAUGCUAUGCAUCAGUAGACAAACUAACCAAAUCUUUGACUAUGUUCGGUCCAUCAUCAGCUCUGCUUUAAAAACCAAAUGUAAACAUGUCAUAACUACUGUAACCAGAGCACAUGAAGUCAACUGUUUACCUUGCAUUUGUGCUUCUCAAACAUAUUCUCUGUUGAUCAUUACUGUCUAAUCAAUGUUUUUUCUCCUUAGCUAAGGCGAUAAGUGUAUCGCUAAGCACCUUAGCAAAAAGUCCUGACAGGGCACAGUGUACCAUUUAAUUUGGGGUUAUUUUAAGUCACUGAGAUACAAAUGAUAAAAAAAAAUCCUAUAUAGUGAUGGAAGGCAAUGAAAAUUACCUUUAAAAAAAAAAAAAAAAAAUCAUAGUUAUCAGGUUAUUGGUCAACUGUAUAGGCAAACAGAAGGGCUGCUCAACCCUUGCUUACGUUAUUCGGUGUAAUUUUGCAGGUGCACAAAGGCGAGGACAAGUUUGCUUAAACAGUGUUGAAUUAAACGUGUUUCAUUUGCUGCUUGGAAAAAGCACAAAGGACUUUACCAGUUGGACAGUUCACAUUGCUAUUCUGCAAAUUAGAUGUAUUUUAAAUCUUUCUAACCAGUGGUAUUGUGAUAAGGGCAUUUAUUCUGCUCUUUUAUUCAACGUCAAGAACAAGUUAAUUUCUUCACAAGUCUUUCUUUAAACACAAGUGCACCAUGAAGGUAAAUCUCACUAGAAAGGACCACACCUUGGUCAUUAUUUAUGUAAACUCUUUUUAUUCAAUGAGAUCGAGUGAGAGGCUAUGAGUUAAACAGGCCUCACUUAUUUCCAGUUGGUGAAGCUUCAUUUGGGAAACUGCUGUAGCAACUGGGUGCAAUGAACCCCAGAAACCUCUGAUUGAGUGGAGUUGUAGUAGGGGCAAACCAAUGGCCCAUGCUUUUUAACAGGUGCUGUGCCAUUGCAGGAAACUGUGGUAUUCACUUUCAGCCUGAAGAGGUUUCCCGAGUCAUAAAUGGGUGGACUAGCAGCCACUAGGGAGCCCCCAAGUUGCAAGUUAAGCCUCAAUAUAAAGUAUUUGGGGAGAAUGACAAUUGCAUUUCUAUUGUAGCAAGCAAGGCCCCCUCAUGCUGUGUGUUUAGUGAAGAACGUGUAUGCUUGAAAUUAGAUUUAAGAUAUAAACAAAACUAAGCUGCUAUGAUCAGGAAGCUAAUUGAUUUACAAUGGGACUGGUCUAUUAAUAGGCGUCUAUAACAGAUCACGAAGCUGCAUUCCCAUGGACCCACUAAGACACUGUGCUCUGUAGUGUCAAGAUAGCUUUGGUGUUUAUACAUUCCUGCAAAAUGUAAUUUAUUUUUUCAGGGGAUUCAAUCUGGCCCCUGUAACUGCUGUAUGUAGGCGUUCGUUUUUUAUUCAAUGAUCUGUUGUUAAAAACGUGCGGCAAGAAUGAACAUAUUAACAGUUAAUUUAAGAAUUUGUUCAUAAUUGUGUUUAAAAGCUACCUUAUACUGUUAAACAAAGUUUCAUUUGUAAAUGUUGGCACACAUAGUUUGCCCUCCUGUUUUUAUUCCCAUUGUUUAUUUUGUAUUGAUGACAUUUUUUAGUUAUUUUUUAACUCUGUAGCACUCUGAGAUUUUUCCCAAAAAUGUAAAGUGCAUUACAAAUAAAAUAUAUUAUUAUUAUAAUUUUCA